AUGGCUAUUCCUCAAACCCAAAUCGCAGCUGUUCUCCCACCUUCUGGGGCAAAUGCCACUUCCAGAUUACAGAUCAUAAAUGACCGUUCGAUUCCUGUACCUACUGAGGGAGAGGUCCUAGUCAAGCUCGAGUACUCCGGAGUAUGCCAUUCGGAUGUCCACAGCGUGCGCGGGGAAACCCCCAUGUUGACGGAUGUAGCGGGUCAUGAAGGAGUGGGAAAGGUGGUGAGAGUGGGCAGUGGUCUCGACGAGCAAACGUGGAUGGGACGACGAGUUGGUAUACGAUGGCUCUAUAGCUCCUGUUUGGAGUGUGAGAUUUGCGCUAUCAAUAAUACGGCGUGUCCGUAUCAGAAGAAUGCCGGAGCGAAUGUCCCAGGAACAUUUCAACAAUACGUCGUCAGUCCUGCGAUUCAUGCAACUAUAAUCCCUCCUGAGCUAGCACCGGACGUAGCUGCACCACUCUUGUGCGCGGGCAUCGCCAUGUACUCCUCGAUCAUGAAGACCAAAACUCGACCCGGAGAUUGGAUUGUGCUUCCUGGAGCAGGUGGAGGCCUAGGACAUAUGGGUGUUCAGAUUGCUGCUAAGAAGGGACUCAAAGUCAUUGCAAUUGACAGCGGCGAGAAGAAAAAGCAGCUGUGCCUCUCCCUAGGAGCCCACGCCUUCCUAGACUACAAAACAGACGACGUAGAGCAUGAGGUAAAGGCUCUGACCUCAGGGCUAGGUGCGCAUGCUGUCAUCUGCACAGCCAAUAACGAGCCAGCAUACACGCAGAGUAUGAAAAUGCUUCGCAGCUUGGGUGUUUUGGUAUGCGUCGGUAUACCAAGUGUGCCGUUUAGGCUACCGGCGACGCCAUUUGGGAUGAUUGUGAAAGGACUAACAAUUGUUGGCAACUCUGCCGGAACCGCCAAGGAGAUGGAAGAGUUGAUGGAGAUGGCUGUAAGAGGCGAUGUGACAGCACAUAUUGAGUGCUUUGAAUUCGACUGCAUUGAUGAUGUCCUGCAGCGACUGGGGAGAUCUGAGAUCGAGGGACGGGCUGUUGUGCGCAUUCCUGAGUAA